AGCCCAGAGAAUUGCCAAAGCUGUCCGCAAACAGUCAAUAGAAGUGAAGGAAAAUUGGGAACAACUGAAAAUCCGUGCGAGCAACUGGCAGAAACAGGUGGAAAAGGCGUUGGAGAAACUUCAAGAACUGCAAAAAGUUCUGGAUGAUCUUGAGGCUCAUGUGAUAACAGCUGAGGGGGUCCACACUGAUUGGCAACCUGUGAGUGACCUGCUUAUUGACUCAUUGCAGGAUCACAUUGAUAAAACCACACAGCUUUCCUGGAGCAAGUCUGUUUUCCUUCGGAUGAGACGACUUUCAGACAUACUCCCUUUAUUAUGAGAUUUAAUUGCGGUAAAAUGAGGAGGAUUUUUAUUCACUGAGACACACAUGACUAUAUGUUGAAAGCAUUGGAAAAAGCGUUCUGUUCGGACUGUCAUGUUAUCUGGUGUUUGUACCAGGCUUUCCGAUUAAAUGCAAGUGAUUAAGGA